AUGAGCUCCAACAUCACAGAAACCCAGGUCGCGGUACCCAAGAAACAGAAGAAGCUCAAGCCUGCCCGCAAACAAGUCAAACCUGGCGAGGUCGAGAAAAAGGAGGCACCACAGACGGGAAAGGAGUACAAUAUCUGGUACAACAAAUGGGCAGGAGGUGAUCGCGAGGAUAGCUACUCCAAUAAGGUCAAAUCGCAGACACGCUGCAACAUCAAGCGCGACGCAGGUCUCACACGGGCGAACACGACAGGGAACAAGUACUGUUGCCUCUUCUUCGCGCGCGGCUGCUGUCCCUACGGCUGGGAAUGCGAAUACCUGCACAUGCUCCCGGAUGUCUCCACCUCGCUUCCGGACACGUCCAAGGACUGCUUCGCUCGCGAUAAGUUUGCGGACUACCGCGACGACAUGGGCGGCGUGGGAAGCUUCCAGAGGCAGAACCGCACACUGUACAUCGGGCGUAUCAAGGAGACAGGGACCGGCGUGGAGACGGAAGAGGUUGUCCGCCGGCACUUCAAGGAAUGGGGCCAGAUAGAGAAGAUCCGAGUCCUGCAGUACCGGAGCGUCGCGUUCGUUACAUACGUCUCCGAGUUUCACGGUCAGUUUGCAAAGGAGGCGAUGGCGUGUCAGUCUCUCGACAACGACGAGAUCCUCAACGUCCGGUGGGCGACGGAAGACCCUAAUCCUACCUCGAAGGUAGAAGAGAGGGAGCGGCUUGAAACAAUCGGUCGGGAAGCCAUUCAAUCCAAGAUGGAUCCCCGCAUUGCUGACGCCAUGCGGGCGAUGCGGGCACUGGAGGAUGGGGACGUCUUGGAUGGGGAGCCCGUGGCCAAGCGACGGAGGCUUGAGAUUGAGGACGCGCCGCAGGAGCUGGCUUUCUUACAGCCUGAUCCGGAGCCAGAGGAAGAAUUGCAACCACAGCAGACAGGACUUCUCAGCGCGGACGCUCUGGAGGGACUGAAGUACUUCGCCGAAAUACGCAAGCGAAACGCACUGGGGAAACCUGUGGUACGUGUAGUGCCAGCAUCAAAACCGCUGUCCGAAGGGCUCGGGCUGGCGGACUAUGGCAGUGACGAAGAUUGA